AUGCAGAGUUAUUGUCAAGAUAAGAUAAAGGAUAGAGCCAACCCAAUUGUUUGUCCAACACCUACUUGUAAGACUGAGGUCGUACCGAUUGAUAUACAGAUCUUGGUCGGUGAUGAGUUGUACUUGAAGUACAGCACAUCAUGUUUGGACAGGUUGAUCAGUACCAGUGCCGACUUUGCAUUAUGCACAACGCCAAACUGUGAAUAUGCAUUCAUCAACGAAGGUGAUGUGGCAAGAUUCGAGUGUCCAAAGUGUAAGAAGGUUCAAUGUUUAAAGUGCAAGACAGCGUAUCAUGAGGGUACUAGUUGUGAGAAGUAUCAACAAUGGCUCAAGGAGAAUGGACAAGGUGAUACACUGUUUGAAAAGGUCGUCCAAGAGAAAGGUUUUAGAAAGUGUCCAAAGUGUAGUGCUACCGUUGAGAAGAGAGAAGGUUGUAAUCACAUGACCUGCAGGUGUCAAUGGCAUUUUUGUUAUCGAUGUGGAGGAAACUUCCCAUGUCUUAAUCCAAAUUGUGCCAAGUAA